UUCAGUCUGUACGCUUGAAAUUGUAACAUACUACCACGUAAACGAAUUUAAGAUACAAGUUUUCGGUCGACUGUUUUCAUGUAUCGUUCAGCGCUAAUGCAUGCGAAUGUCCUAGGCAGCUGAAUCGAGUUUGCGUGCCAAACACUUGAGUGGAUUGUCUUUCCCAGGGCGUCCUGAAUUGUGCGUCAUUUUCAUUUCUGCAUUUUGUUUUCCAUCGAGGCAAUAUGGCAACACCCGCCGCGGUAAAUCCAUCGGAGAUGGGCACGGAUCUCCCGGGGCCGGUGGCCAUGGCUGGCGCGGGGGUGGGUGCGGGCCAAGUGCGGAUGGCAGGAUCCAUGCCAGGCAGAGGAGGCAAGAGGAGAUCGGGCGGAAUGGACUUUGACGACGAGGAUGGUGAGGGGCCCAGCAAAUUUUCAAGGUAUGAUGAUGAUCAGGUUCCUGCUGAUAAGGAGAGAUAUGCCAGGGAAAACCACAGCGAGAUCGAGCGCAGGCGCCGCAACAAGAUGACCCAGUACAUCACAGAGCUCUCCGACAUGGUGCCCACCUGCAGCGCGCUGGCACGCAAGCCCGACAAGCUGACCAUCCUGCGCAUGGCCGUCUCGCACAUGAAGUCCAUGAGGGGCACCGGCAACACCUCCACGGACGGCGCCUACAAGCCCUCCUUCCUCACCGAACAGGAAUUGAAGCACCUGAUCUUGGAGGCUGCGGACGGCUUCCUGUUUGUGGUGGCGGCGGAUACGGGCCGCGUCAUCUACGUGUCGGACUCUGUGACGCCGGUGCUGAACCACCCGCAGUCGGAGUGGCUGGGCAGCACGCUGUACGAGCAGGUGCACCCCGACGACGUGGACAAGCUGAGGGAACAGCUCAGCACAUCAGAGAACUCCAUGACCGGGCGUAUCCUGGACCUGAAGACAGGCACGGUGAAGAAGGAGGGUCAGCAGUCCUCCAUGAGGAUGUGCAUGGGCUCCAGACGUUCCUUCAUCUGCAGAAUGAGGUGUGGGACCGCUCCUCUUGAUCACAUCUCUCUGAACCGCCUGUCCAACAUGAGGAAGAGAUACAGGAAUGGCUUGGGGCCGUCUAAGGAGGGUGAAGGACAGUACUCGGUGGUUCACUGUACUGGCUACAUCAAAGCCUGGCCGCCAGCAGGUAAAGGCAUGACGAUACCUGACGAGGAUUCUGACGGCGGAGCGACCAGCAAGUACUGUCUAGUGGCCAUCGGAAGACUUCAGGUAACGAGCUCCCCCGUCUCCAUGGACAUGAAUGGCUUGUCGGUCCCCACAGAGUUCCUCUCCCGCCACAACUCCGACGGCAUCAUCACCUUCGUGGACCCCCGCUGCAUCAAUGUCAUUGGCUACCAGCCACAGGAUCUGCUUGGUAAAGAUAUCCUGGAGUUCUGCCACCCAGAAGACCAGAGCCACCUUCGGGAAAGCUUUCAGCAGGUGGUAAAGCUGAAGGGCCAGGUGCUGUCGGUGAUGUAUCGUUUCCGCAUGAAGAACCGCGAGUGGAUGCUGAUCCGCACCAGCUCCUUCACCUUCCAGAACCCCUACUCGGACGAGAUCGAGUACAUCAUCUGCACCAACACCAAUGUCAAGCAGCUUCAGCAGCAGCAGCAGGCCGAGUUGGAGGUCCAUCAGAGGGACGGCCUGACCGCCUACGACCUCUCACAGGUGCCCGUCGCCAGUGUGCCCGCGGGCGUGCACGAGACUGGAAAGGCGAUCGACAAGACAGAAGCCAUGUUCUCCCAAGAGAGGGACCCGCGCUUCACAGACAUGUACUCUGGCAUCUCUGGAUCUGACAAGAAGAUGAUGGUGCCAUCCUCCACGGCGGGAAGCCAGCAGAUCUACUCCCAAGGAAGCCCAUUCCAGCCAGGACACUCUGGGAAGAGCUUCAGCUCGUCAGUGAUCCACGUGCCGGGGGUCAACGACAUCCAGGCGUCUCCGUCCGCGGGCCAGAACCUGGCUCAGAUCUCCAGACAGAUCAACCCCGGCCAGGUGUCGUGGACGGGAAGCAGACCCCCCUUCUCGGGCCAGCAGCAGCUUCCUGCCCAGUCCAGCAAGGCCCAGUCGUCUCCGUUUGGGAUUGGCUCCAGCCACAGCUACCAGGCUGACCCCUCCUCCUACAGCCCGCUGUCCAGCCCCGCCACCUCCUCCCCCAGCGGCAACGCCUACUCCAGCCUAGCCAAUCGCAGCACAGCAUUCGAUGUGGCGGCGGAGGGCAGCCAGAGCGGAGGUCAGUUCCAGGGGAGGCCGUCGGAGGUGUGGUCCCAGUGGCAGAGCCAGCACCACGGGCAGCAGGCGGGCGAGCAGCACCCCCACCCCCAGCCCAGCCAGACGGAGGUCUUUCAGGAUAUGUUGCCGAUGGCGGGUGACCCCACACAGGGCACGGCCAAUUACAACAUCGAGGACUUUGCCGACUUGGGAAUGUUCCCCACGUUCUCCGAGUAACGACGGCAGCAACACGGGGCGACACAGGACUAUGUGCUUUUGACUUGUUUAUUUGUUUGUUUUUUGGGGGGUUUUGUUGUUUGUUUGUUUUUAUUUUUGUGGCUCUCAUCUCAACUCACCAGUAAACUUAACAGCACUCCUCAGCGGGAAUGUGUGGAGGCACCCACCCACCCUCUUCUUCUCUUCUCUUCUUCUCUUCUCUUCUCUUCUCUUCUCUUCUCUUCUCUUCUCUUCUCUUCUCUUCUCUUCUCUUCUCUUCUCUUCUCUUCUCUUCUCUUCUCUGCUCUGCUCUGUUUUUCUCUUCUCUUCUUUUCUUUUCCCUUCUCCUGCUUUUACUCCUUCACCCGCCAGACACUGAGGCUGUAUCUCUCAACUCAACUCUCACUACCACCCACCUACACACACAUACAUAAACACAUACUACACAGUGGCACUCAGGCAACCCACUCCCUCACUCUCUUUCUUUCUCUCGCUCUUUCUUUCUCUGUCUCUCUCUCUCUCUCUCUGUCUGUGUCUCUGUCUCUCUCGCUCUCUGUCUCUCUCUGUCUCUCUGUCUCUCUGUCUCUGUCUCUGUCUCUCUCUCUCUCUCUCUCUCUCUCUCUCUCUCUCUGUCUCUCUCUCUCUCUCUCUCUCUUACGGUGUAUACGGGCUCUCUCUGGCAAAGAUGGCCGAUAGAUGCCCUUUUUUUGAGGAAAAAAAAUGUUCAGUAUACGUGAUGGCUAUUUUCAGAGUGUUUAUACGGAAACCGAAAGGGAACUUUCAGUUUGUAUUUUUGUUUGUUGAUUUUCCUCCUUCCUUGCACUUCACUUUAACGUUGCCAAACCUCGCCAGGCUCAGUGACACAGGAAAUGCUGAUGUACCGUACAUCUUCAUGGCGCCAGCACACGUGACGCUUCUCGUGUAAAAAUGAAAAAAAUGUCGUACUCUAUAUGUAGUGAUGUCCAUAACCUAGCUAAACUAAUAUCAGUGUAGAAGACUCUUGUGUAAAAAUUUGAAAAGAAAAAAAAAAGAAAAAAAAUAUUAAAAGAGGAUACAUAAAGGUAAAGGAUACAGAUUUACAAAAAUUAACAUUUUCAACAAAGUUGCUAAACAUUACGGCUUAAAAGUGCAAGUCAUUUAAGCUAAUAUCACCAGCCUCCAGUCUGGAAAGGAAAAUUCUGCCAUACAUCAAGAACGCAUAGCGCAAUUAUGUGUUGCAUUUUUGUGGCUGCCGCAAGCAUUUGUUACUUUUACCUUUUGGAGUAAUAACAUAGACUUUAUGGGUCUUGUACUUUUACAUGAAAGAUUGUAUUAUGUCACGGGGAGACCAACGGGACGACCUUGAAGUGAAGAAUUCCUUUUUGCUAAAUCAAAAUGAUUUCUUUGUAAAUACUGUGAUUUUGAUUUUAUUUUUUGUCAAACAAUGUGUUUUUCUUUCACAUACACAGCAAAAAUAUACAUAUUUGUGUAGAUUUAAUUUCAUUGUGUGUAAUGUGAGUGGUACAUAUUUAACUAUUGGUAUUUAGUUAGCUUGUUAAUUGUACAUUGCGUUUAGACUUGUAUAAAUUGUGUAAAUGUGCUCCAUUAUUUUUGUGUAACUUUAAACGAAACAACUGUGCUUGUGACAAUAAAUUUUCAUUGGUUAUGUGGCUUUGAAAAAA